UCCCUCCUCAGUGGGCGUUGAGACCAUGGGUGUAACGAGGUAGCCGUUGAGACUCAGCACAUCGGCGACUGCGAACUAAAGUGGGAAUAAUCGUGAGGAAAUACAUCCCCGGCUUUUUUUUUCUUCGUACCCAUAGACGUUGAUGGACAACGAGCAUGGGCUUUCUCUCAGUUGAGGGUCGAGUUUAACUCGGUGGAAAUCCACCGUAGGAAAAAAAUAACUUUAGACUACCUUUACACCGGGUUUGAAGAAGCUUUGGCAGUGCUGAUUACAGCGUUAAAUUAGGUGAAAUGCGGAGCUGCGACCUGAGAAGCAAACUGAAGUCAUCACUUGAAAGAUUGCUCUUUAUGCAAUGCGAUCCGGAUUUCCACACAGCCAAGCUGGGGCCUAUUCUGUGUUCCAAGACUGGAGUAACGUGGGUGCUCGCCGACUACCACAAGACUUCAAUGUUACACCUGUACCAGUUGUUCACCCUGAAGUUGGAAAGCAAAACAACAUGGUAGCCACUCAGUAUCCUGAGGAGCUAAGAGUGACUUGCAGUCGAGUUCCGUUGCAGCAAGGCUAUCAAUCACAGAAACUUUACCACCAACAGGAGUCACAGGCAACCGUAACAAGCACCGGAUUUCAGCACCCAAGACCCGGGGAUGGUGCAUGUAUUUCUCAAAACAUGCAAAUGAGCAGAAAAGAUAACGCAGACUUUUAUUCAUCGGCAUAUGUCUCCGCACAACACAGCAGUUAUUUUGGGACAUCGGCCUAUGAGAACUCUGUAAGACUACCUGAUAGUAACAGUGGACAACAAAAGGAAUAUUCCAAGCAAAAUUUCAGUUGGCGUUUCCAGAACAAGUCAAAUUGGAACCAUGAUACUGGACUGCAGCAACCUUUGAAUUGUGCCUUUAAAGACUGUACCAGUUCUGCAGCACUUCAGGGAGACAGACUUGAAGUCCCAGCACAGACAUUUCCUUUACAAGAUCAGUGUUCCUCUGUGACUGUGUGCAAAAAAAUGUCUUCUUCGCCUCUGCUGGAAGCCUUACUAAAAGGAACCUCUUCAGAACUGCCUUGGCCAUCAGAGGAAACAAAUGGCAACAUUGACCUUAACACUAAAGCUAUUAUUUUAAAUAAAGGACACCGCAAAUGUCAGCAAGUCAAAGGUUCACCAACUGUUCUAAACUGUGGACAGGCUAGAGCACAGAACCUAGAUCAUUCAACAGGAACACCUUCCACCCCCUAUCAGCAGCAGGUCUCCUCCCGCCGUCUCAGCAGUCGGCCAUCCACGGACAAACUCAUGUCAGCUGCAAAAACACGACCACCUACAGAUGUCGAAAUACAGAACUUUCUUGCACAAAGGCUCAUGUAUUUUAGGUCUAUUUUAACUCAGAAAAACACAAAUCCUGGACAUUCAAAUAAGGAUUUGGACAGGAACUCCACACUGCAGUCUGACAGCAUCAUGCCAAAGGUCGACGGUGUUGCCCGUCUCCCUACAACCUCUGCCAAAGAUGAUGUGGAGAGACAAAGUCACAACUGGGGUGCCAAUGAGCAGUGCACAGUUGGACAAGCACGUAAAGAGGACAGUUCAAAGGACCGCAAAGUAAAUGGCAAGUUAAUACUCAAGUCUAAAGACACAGAUGACUGUGCUACAUCUGCAUCAGAGAAACAUUCAACAGAAUAUCCACGAAUAAUGAUGGACGUUGCUGCCACUUGCACAAAGAAUGAAGAUGAGAGUCCAGUAGUUCUCACAGCAGUGCCUCAAAUGACCUGGGAUGAACUGACUGAGAAGCAACCGAGUUCACCCGAUGUCUCGGAGGAGCUUCAAACCAAGUCGAGUUCAGUAGCAUCUGAAAACCAAACAUUUAAAUGCCUGCCGCGCAUCGAAAACCAAGAUGCAAAUACAAAAGAAAAGAAAACCAUUGAAGAUCGCCAACAGUGCGGUGUUAACUGGAAGGAAGUAAAUCCACAUUCCCAGCUAAAUUCAGCAGUUGACAGCAUUCAGAUUCAUAACAUAGUAUCACUCUAUACAAACCAAAGUGAAGGUGCGAGUGAGGAUGCAGGUGCUGUGCGUUUACAAACCGAUUUAAGCACAGCGCUUUCUGAAAACAAAGAAUUGGUUUUAAAAAAUCCACAGUACGAAGACAUUUCAGACGAUGACCCCUCCCAGCCGGCCACAGAACUCCCAACGACGGUGCAGUUUCUCUCAGCUGGUCCUGAAGACCCACAGUAUGAAGAUAUUACUGAAGAUGAAAGUCCACAGAUUGAGUCUAUGGCUGUGGAGACAUCGUCACCUACACAAGUAACUGUACCCAACAAUACUCAGUCACCAUUUGACAAUGAAGACUAUGGACAUUUGCAGGGACGGGCUCAGACAGACACAGUAAUCAUUUCAGAUGAGGAACCGGUUCCAAAGAAGCAGGUUUCACCAGACACAGAAAGACGUGAUAUAGCACAUUGUUCUACUCCUUUUGUCGAAGCUGGUGAAACUGGUCCAUUAUACCCUCAAUGUGACAGUGGUCCUUUCUCUGAAGAUGAGACUGAUGAUGAUGAUGAUGAUGAUGACUGGUUAUUCAUACCUAUAACCAUAUCAGACCUUAAAUUUGAAUCAGAGAAUGAAGACCAGGAUAGCCCAGAAAUACAUGUGCUAGAUGGUGGGGAAACGGGACAAUGUGACACAAGCCCAACACGCUGGCCAUCUCCGACACCGGUACCAGCUUCUCCUCCUUCCCAGCUCGAGACGUUUGACACUAUGGCCAGCUUUAUGAAACAAGCAUUAGGCAGGAGCACACCUGAUCAUGGGAUGGACUCUGAGGGAAACCCACAACCAACUAAGACCAGGAGAGAGUCUGUAGACAGCUGUGCAACUGAGGACAGCUGUGAUUACUCCUCUGCAUUAACUACUGCACACAACUAUUUGACGGUGUCCACGAUGAGGUCAGCGCCUCUGCUCUCAGAGACGGAUGAUUCGGAGGGUGAAGGCAAUGAUGGUACAAAUAUGCCAAGAAGUCCAAACAAGAGUUUGGACAAGUCGGCCAUGAAAAGCCUUGGAUGGACCAAUGGACAAAACAUUCCAACAGAGGGUGACAUAAUAAUCCUUGAUUCUGAGGAUGAAGGUGACCAAAACUGCAAAACAGAAAGUGUUAUAAUCAUUGACUCUGAUACAGACGACGAUGACCAAACGCCAAGGAGGAACUGCAUUUUAUCCUCGGGGUCGGACAGUGGGGACGCCCCAUGUGUGGAAGAAAAACAACCGUCCCCUAAAGCUGUGGACAGGGAGUAUAGGAUGGCUAAAGAAAAGCUUCCGGAAACCAAACUGCCUGUAGCAAACUCAUCACUGCCACAUCCCCGGCCUACACUUCACGAUACACAAUUAAAAGAAGCGACGCAGGAUGCCUGCUCUGACCUGUCAGACAGUAGGGGAAAGAGUGGGCAGCCGACUGAAGCUAAAUGUGGCUCCGAGCACGUUCAGCACAAGACCAACAGACAAACGACCUCGAAAAGAAAGGCCGUUUGUGAUUCAGGGAAAGUGGUUGAAAAAAGCCAUUUCAGCAAAAAGAAGGCAAAAACAAAAGGAAUACUCUCAUCAGGAUCAGGAGACGGCGGCGAUUCCUUACGUGCUACGAAAAACAGACCUUCGGCUGAAACUGUGGAACGUCUUCGUGGGACUGCUAGCGGAAAGCAGCCUAAAAAAAGCAGACGGUCGUCUGAUGAUUCUUCAGAGAAGCAGCCCCAGUCUGUGGGCAGGGAGGCAGAGCCUACUCUGGGUCGUAAUCCUGUUGUUCCUCGCUUUGUUAUUGAGAAGCCCCUUCAACACAAUCACUCCUUGAAGCUUUUUAAAGAAACUGCAGUCCACAGGCAGGGUAAAGAUGGAUCUCGGUCUCCAAAGACGUCCACGGCAUCCAGCAACAAUACUGACUCGUACGCGAGUAAAAAGGUGCGAUUUGUGCCCACGUCAAAACCUGCAAAUGACAAGCGCCAUGCAACGGAGAACAUUCAGGCCAACGUAAAACCCCGACUGUUUUCGAGGCAACAUUCCUUGCCGACCUUCAGUAGCUCGUCUUCCACAAGUGACCAACUUUCUGAAGCCAGACAGAGCUCGGCCUCCUCGAGAGAUUUUUCUCGGUCCAUCAGUCUUCCUACAGCUAAGCAGAGCACAGCUAUUCCCAAACACACGUCUUCAUCCAGCCUCCAGCGGUCUCGCUCUCACAGAAACCCCUCAUCUUUCAACCCCCCUGACGGUCCCGCAAACGGACCGUCCUCUUCUGGAACCGUGCAUAGUUUAAGAAAUAAACGAGCGAAAGAAAUCUGGGAGGAGAGCUAUAUCCCAACCAGGAAAGACAAAAAAACUAGCCCGGGGAUGAAGGAAGACUUGAGAACCACCACAAAUAAUUUGAAGAGGGCAGCUAGACCAGAUCCUAGACGGAGGCAAAAGUCCCAAAAGUCUUCAACCCCCCUGAUGAAGAAGUCCAAGAUUGAGGCCAUAGGGAUGACAAAGGCCGCAGCCAUAGAGAUGACAAAGUCCGCAGGUCGCGAUCCCCCUGGAGAACAAAGAAGCUUUGUGGGUGAUCAUUACAAGUGGUCAGAGAAGCCAACCGUGGCAAAGCCAACAAAAGGUUCCAGCAGGGAGGGAAUAAGGUAUAGACCCGCUCCAAAAACCCAUCGGUGAGCAGAAGGUGCCCGGUUCUGUGAAUCUGUCUCCAGUUUGUUUUCACUCCCAAAGUGACAGGUGGUUGAUCGGUGAAAACAAGUUACUGGUUAAAUCUUUUCAUUUUACAUAGUACUUUCUGUAUUGUAACUGUUUGUGUGUAUGUGUAUACUGUUUACUAUUAUAUUAUAUUAGCUGUUUGGGGUAACUGCAUUGUUUUUGAAUGUCUUGGGUCAACGGGAAACAAAUGUUCUUUUUACGAGCUACCUCAAAAUUGUAUUAAAAUUUUCUCUUUUUCAUCUUAAACUUGAAACUCAACAGAUAUUUUGAUCCUUUUUUUAAUAUGUCACAUUUUUGGAUAUUGUUUUUUUUGUACUUUCAUAAACUAUAGCCAAUGUUGUAUCACUUUUUAAAACGUAAAUGUGAAAAUGCAUAAAAGGUCAACUGGAUUCAUUGC